AUGGAAUUUGCCCUGGCACAGAAGUUCCACGAUUCCAAAGAACUACGGAAUAUCAUUUUGAUCAUGAAGAAUGAGGAUGUCGUGCGACUAAGCCGCAGUAGACUGCAGGCACUGGCGUGUAAUGGCACGGCAAUGAAUAAUCAUUUUUCGCAACUCCUUGAUUGUACCGAUCCGAUCGAAAAUGAAAUCGUUGCCGAAUGCACCCCAAGCCACUCGCCAUCGCAGAAUUUGACGGAGCUUCGCGAGGAUCCCGAGCUGUUUUGCGAAUGGAUGAUAAAAUUCACGACUUGUUCCUACGAAAAGUUGGGCAAUCGCUGCGACAGUGAACGCGGUGUUUUCGAUCUCGCAAGACUGCAUGUACUAUACAACACCAGGCUUGUUGCCGCGCUCGAGAUGCUUGCUGAUCUGGUGAGGAACCCAAACCCGUGGGCGGACUGCAUCACCCUAUGGCAAGAAAAGAUGUACGCGCUGGUCUUUGCCAACUUUCCCAAAGACCAAAUUGGGCUUUACGGCCCGGCGCCAGGCUUG